GGCUUUAGUCAGGAGAUGUGGCACAUCUUGGAGCCGCUCAUUUGGCUGUGAGGCAAACAGCUGGCUGCACUGACAUCACGGGCCCCGAGGCCUCUCUCCUGACCAACUGGUGUUUCACCGUUUAACAAUCACACUCUUUUCACUUUCAUUUGCAAACAAGAAACGACUACCCGUUUUGUAGAGGUAAUACUCAGAAAACUUGCUCCCUUGUUGCACAUGCGGACUGGAUUAACGCUGCAUUAGUCCAAAGAACCACACCGUCGCCAUAAUGAAUUGCAGACCAACCAAUUGUUUCUUUUUUUGUCAUCUGGUAUAUGAAACCCACUCUGCUCCUUUGGCUACUGCUGUUAGAGGUUAUUCAUAUCAAACUAGUCUCCAGUUUGUCUUCACUUCAUUAAAACUUUUUAUUUCAACUGACGAUCCGCUAAACGUUAUUACACCUAAGGAGAUGAAACGUGCGAAGGCUAUUAGGUUAAGGAUUUGAUUAAAAGCGCAACCUAACCAUUAUUAUCAAGUACUGCACUGUCUGCAUGUCAGGUGCUGCAUGCUUGGCCACCAAAAAAAAAAAGCAUGCCCUGUAUGGACACAACCAAACCCUCCACAUAGUUUUGCACAGACGUAUUUUGUUUACAUAUGCACAUGUGUGAACACGCUCGUGCUGUUGUGCCAUUUUGCAGGGGGCGCGUUUGGAUGGGGGCAAUUCACAAUUUCUCAAAUGAACAAAUGAAACAUCAAAUUAGUCCGCCGGAGGGUCCCAUUUUUUGUACUUCUAUAUUAUAACUAGUUAUUGAACUAGGUGCACGAUCUGAAAGCCAUUUGCGGGAGAAAGAAUUCAUUGCUCUCCCUCCAUCAAUAAUCCUUGGCAGUGAACUAUUGGAAUCAGUCAAACGCGAGGGGUGAAACGCGGGUCAGGGCGUCUAACUAAUAUUAAAAUGCGUCCGCCAGAGCACAUAGUUUUGGGCGUGCGUGCAGCACUGUCACAUGGGUGCACGACAAAGUGCUUAUAUUUAGAUGAGCAUGCGAGGAAGCCAAAUUAACGAGUGAGUUAGGUGUUGGUUGUGGUUCCUCAUCAGUUCACUGCUUGUUUGCGCACGAUGCUUUGUUCCCGCAAUGCAAAACGUGACCAAAUUGAUGAACAUAGUAAGCGCGGGGUGGAAAAGCUGUAGAUUUAGAUGUUUUUUUUGUCCGUUUUGGAAAUCCCUUGUGCAUUUCCACUGUAAUCAAUUCAAUCGAUUCAUAACAUGAGCAUGUUUGCUGUUUUUUAAUAACUCCGAAAUAGGUCACAUGUCUGAUAUUUCAUUUUUCAUCCGAGGCUUUUCUCAUUAGCUUCCAGAGUGGCAGGAGGGAAAGGUUACCGAGCGGUCAGUAUGGUAAUAGCAAGAAGAAGAAAUGGUUGGGAACAAUGGAAACUUAUUUUUCAUCUGCGCUGUCACGCCGUCCCUUUGUAACCUCCGUGUUUGUGACUGAAUAUUCAUAUGUGAGCUACCUCAAAAGGCGGAGGGUGAAUGUAAAGAAAAGAGACCCUCUUGUCCUUUGCACGUGACGCGUUAGUGUGUGAGAGGUUAUAUACGCGCAUUUCAGUUUAUUUUAGAAAACUUGAUGAAGUCAAAUCCUCUUUAGGAGUAUGGAGCACAUUGAUUUGUCUCCGUGACGAACGGAGCCUCGUGUUGUGCAGCACAGCCUCCUAUUCGUCCUGACUCGCUGUGACAAAUGUGUACUUCUUCAGACGGAUGCUGGGAGAUCCCCUCUGCAGUUUCUAACCCAAACACGCAUUAGUUGUCUAUAUGUACCCUGUAGAACCGAAUUUGUGUGAAAUACAAACAGUCGCAAAUAGGUCUCUGCAGGAAUACAUGGGCGACUGAAAUACCACGCCGGCCGACGGACUCUUCUGCUCCCGCUCCGUCUUUUUUCUCUCCCAACGCUAUUGCAUGUACAAACAUCUGUGAUAUACACAGCCAACAUCCAGGCAGCAACGCAAUAACAAUGUCACAAUGUGUAUUCAUAGUCCAGACAGCCGUAGAUUGUGUAGGCAAAGGGAGAGCAAACCCAUGUGUGGACAUUGUGCGGCUACUGUGUCAGACCCCCGUAAAACGCGUUUGGAACCAGCGGUCGUUCAAAAGUGACUGAUUUACGCCUUUUAUUGCUCUAUAAAACGCCUCUAACAUUCUCGCAAAUGGUAAUAGAAAUCUCGUGAGCAUUGUGUACAAACAUUACAGCCAGAAAGACCAUGCCGUGUCUCGUUUUUUAACCAUUUUAUGUAAUUAUUGCUGCGAAAAUAGAUUUAUCAGUUACUUUGCAAUUUGCUGCACCCAUAGAUUGCCUUGUGUUGUAUGUUUGUUCGGGCUUAAUGUUUCUUUAAGGAGCCUCUGACAUUUUUAUUAGCAUUGUUGUUAUUAUUAUAAUACUUUUGUCUGUAUAUGACAAUGGCUAUAUCAAAAUGAUAAAAUAGGAAUAUGUAUCUUCAGUCUGGACGCUGCUGAGGUAUUGGGGAGUUAACUCAGUCUCUCUUUGACCACAGCUGACUCAGAGAUAGGAACUGGAAGCAUGCAGCACAUGACAAGUUUACAUAGCCAGGCAGGAUCAGUUUACACUACAGCCGCAGACCUUCAAUAAUGUGGCUGAUGUUCAGUGCUUCAGACGAAAAUAGCAUGUAACAUUUGGAGGCAGCAACACUGAUAUAUAGGGUUUAUAUUGUUUUGGCAAUGAGCUGAGUUUAAAGGAAAAUAAAAUAUGUAUGGAUCUUGUAAACAUAUCGGUUGUAUUUAUAUAAAGAAAUACUGCAUUAUUCCAAAUCUUCUCCAGCCUUUUCUUUCAUGAAAAUAGAUUGUAAACAUUCAGAUGCUUUCUAUCAUGGUUUUAUAUAAGUUCAUAACAGAAGUCCCAAUGCAGCAAGUAAAAGAUAAUUACUUCUCAAUAUUGUUGGAGCAGCGGGGCACGACAUGAUGGAGUCAAGGGCAGCACGAAGCCAUAGUGAAACAUGUUAUCAUGAAUUCAGUUGAAUUGAUUUUGUGUGUGAGCAGAACUGCACUUCAUGUACAACUCAUGGAAAGUUCUCUGUGAAGCGAUAGAACUGCUCUGCAUUAAAGUCAGCAGGCCAUGAGUUUUUGAGACGCUCUGGUCUGUGACAUCAUGCUGGUUGUGUUCCCACAAUGUCUGGUUUGUGAUGUCACGAUGAUGAUGCUCUGCUGCAGUUGUACAGUUUGUGACACCACAGGGGAGGCUGGUCUGCAACUUCUCAGAUUUCAGACUUUGGUCUGUUAGCUGCUCCAAUAUUUUCUGGUCCUUAAUUGUGCCACCAGGUUCUAUUUUCAAUGUCCAGUUUUUCAAGUGAAUGCCUAUUGUAUAUUGCAUAAUUAUUUACUUUAAAUGUAAACUCUAAGCAAUAGAAACAUCAUUACCUUUUGUAUCAUCUAUCUUUCUUUUGUAAAUCCCCCUUUGUCCAAGCAGAUUUCCAAAGGCAGCUUUUCUCAUGAUUGUUUCAAUGAGAUCCAGUUUAAAUAUUAUCCUGACCAAUUUUCAGUUAAAAGUUGAACGCCGGGCCUUUUAAUUGAUAGAAGUAAGAGGAUAUCAUUUUACAAUAGACAAAUAUCUCAUCAAUGCAUGACGGUUUUUGUUUCAGCAGCCUGUCCACCUUUCUCCAUCAAUAUAAAUGAUCAAGCCUACUUUCAGAAAUCAACCACACCCCCACAGCAUCUCAACACUCCAGUCGUCUCUGACAUUUAGAUUCACAACAAAUGUAUUAAGUAUUUGUGCUGAAAUGCCCUCAACAAUAUCAAUUUUACAAAACAGGAUAAAUCUUAAGUGUGUUAAUGGAUUGUAAUCAGUAUCACAUUUGAAGUGCAGUUAGUACUCUGCCUUCAUUAAUAAGCAGCUAACCUUUAUAAAAGCGCGUAUAGGCUAACACAAUGAUUGGUUUGCUAUUGUCGUAUCAUAUCCCGAUUGCAAAUCACCUAUUGUCCCAUUGAAUAAUCGAGAAGAGAAGAUUUUGCGUGUUUUAUUUUUUCCUUGGUCAGCAACAAUAGCUACUAGUUUUGUCCCCAAGAUCAAUUGCCUUGGUAACACAACUAGAGAGAGAGAGAGAGAGAGAGAGAGAGAGAGAGAGAGAGAGAGAGAGAGAGAGAGAGAGAGAGGGGAAGGGGAAGAGAGUGGGAAAGGGAGGGAGAGAUUUGUGCCCACAAUGGCGACUGUAGGUAUGCUAAAUACCUCUGGUUCCAUAUCCGGGAACUACCUCUCACUCUUCUAUUGGGCCAUUGGGUCACGUGGUAAAAGUAACUUUACAGGGCUGCUUGCAAGUAGGAGGGCUUUAUGGAGCAGAAAAACGACAAAGCUAGAAAAAUUAUUUUCCACUCCAGAAAUUAAUGAUCAUGAGCUCGUAUUUGAUGGAGUCUAACUACAUUGAUCCGAAAUUUCCUCCAUGCGAGGAAUAUUCGCAAAAUAACUACAUCCCCGAGCAUAGUCCCGAAUAUUACAGCCGCGCAAGGGAGACUGGCUUCCAGCAUCACCACCAGGAGUUAUAUCCUCCGCGGGCGAGCUACCAAGAGCGCCAGUAUAACUGUGCAAGCAUCCCCGAACCCGACACGCCAAGGGGACAUGGAGUACCCCAUUCUGCGCACCUGCUGACAGGGAAAGGGCAACCAGCUUCAUGUGAAACCCCACAGUUGUCCAUGUCCCCCGCUACCCCACCGGCCGCAACCUCCGCCUGCAACCAAGCUACCCCGGAGCAUCCAAACAGCACAGCCUCCUCCAAGCAGCCCGUGGUGUACCCGUGGAUGAAGAAAAUUCAUGUCAGCACUGUGAACCCGGGUUACAAUGGGACGGAGCCCAAGCGGUCUAGGACAGCCUACACGCGGCAGCAAGUCUUAGAAUUGGAGAAGGAAUUCCACUAUAACCGAUAUUUAACUCGGCGGAGGCGCAUCGAGAUCGCCCACACCCUGGUUCUCUCCGAGCGACAGAUUAAAAUCUGGUUUCAAAACCGCAGGAUGAAAUGGAAAAAGGAUCACAGGCUGCCGAACACCAAAGUGAGAUCCUCUUCCUCCUCCGGGUCCAACACAAGCUCGGCAGCCGGCGCCGUGGCCGCUGCCUCGGCCACUAACACUGGGGCCCCCGACGAACUCACCGGAGCACAGCAUGCCGAGGAUAUUACCAGGUUAUAAAACCACGCACGGAGGAGAAAAGGACUGGUUAUUUAUAGAACAAUUAUAUAUUUUGUUUUCGUAGCUAUCUUGUGCAGUUUCCUUUAACUCCAAAGUUAUAUAAAAUGCAUGUUAUAUAGCAUGGAUUAUUGCGAAUACUGCGAAUAAUUUUUACGUGACACAGGGUUUAAUUUAUUUGAAGCUCAAUUAAGAUGAUGUUUUUUAUUAAAAAAUGUUUUGAAUGAAGGAAAAUAAUUGUAGAAAAAAAUAUACGUUUUAUCAAAAUGUUAUUGUGGGCCAUUCUUUUGCCCUGGUGCCCAAGGUGAAAUGCACAAUCUAUUUAUUUCAAACAACACUGGAAGGAAGUCAAUAUAAUAAUAGUUAUUUUUGGUAUAAAAAAAAAAGCUGGAACAUACCAUUGAUCUUGAACUUGUAUUGUUUUGGACAAUAACCGUGUGUGAAUUACCUCGUGUAUUUCAGAAACAGGAUUUUGAUUUACAAUUUAGUUUUGUGGUGUUAAUGUUGUGUUUAGACCGUUAAACCGCAGAUUAUUGUGAAAUGCAAUAAACGGAGUGUAGUGUUGUGCUAAUCAUGUUGGUCAAUAAAAUAGUGAGUGUUAACUAGUUUUAUAUA